AUGCCCGGCAAGACGCCCCAGAAGAACGGCAGCAAGCUGGUCGGAAACGGUGCCAAGAAUAACAACAACUCCAGCAAGGCCAAGAAGCCGACUAAGGAUAACGACGAGGAAAUGACAGUCGUCGUUCCGCCUUCAAAGAAGCAGCCCGCGUCUGGGUCGGGUGAUGCGGAUGCCGAUGUCGAUAUGGGCGAUGCUGACGCCGCAAAUGAUGGCGUUGACCCAGCCGUCCAGGCCACAGCAGAUAUCAAGAGCAACUUUGCCCUGCUAGACCGUGCCGUGACCACGUUUGACGCGAGGUUCUCCCUCCGCGCUCUCCGAUCCAUCUCCCUCGUCCGCAAGCGCCUCAGUCCAGACGUCAUCGCUCAGGCCAUUGUCGACACAUUCCCCGCCACCGUUGCCUCGGGCAACAUUGCCAAGAACCUGCUCGUCGCCCUGGGCCGUGAGAACCUGCCUCUCGGUCGCCCCCCCGCCGCCGCCGCUGCCACCAUCACAGAGUCGGAGACGACCGAGGGAACCGAUUCGUCUAAGAAGGCCGGUUCCAAGAACGAGGUCAAGGAGGUGAUCCCCGAGGUGGACAUCUUCCUGGGCAUCCUGAUCCAGGUCUACCUGUUCGACUCGAAGCAGUACAAGAAGGGAACUGAGUUCUCGUCGUACCUGUCGGAGCGCAUCCAGGCCCUCAACCGCCGCACGCUCGACUCACUGUCGGCCAAGGUCUACUUUUACUUCUCCCUCUUCUACGAGCACCUCGAGCCGCUGCCCCCGUCCCCCGAGUCGCCUCUCGUGGCGGUGCGGCCCACGCUGCUGGCGGCCCUGCGCACGGCCGUGCUGCGCAAGGACAUUGACACUCAGGCCGCCGUCAUCGUCCUCCUGCUGCGCAACUACCUCCUCACGUCGCACAUCCACCAGGCCGACCUCCUCAUCUCACACACGCAAUUCCCCGAGAACGCCGUCAACAACCAGGUAGCCCGCUUCCUCUACUACCUGGGCCGCAUUCGCGCCAUCCAGCUGCGCUACACCGAGGCCCACGAGCACCUGACGGCGGCGACGCGCAAGGCCCCCUCGAGCGCCUGCGCCCUGGGCUUCUCCCAGACGGCCACCAAGCUGCUCCUCGUCGUCGAGCUGCUCAUGGGCGACAUCCCCGAGCGCUCCACCUUCCGCCUGCCCAACAUGGAGGAGGCCCUGCACCCUUACCUGCUUCUGGUGCAGGCGGUGCGCGUCGGCGACCUCGAGAACUUUGAGACGACGAUUGCCGAGCACGCCGGCACGUUCCGCCGCGACGGCACGUGGACGCUCAUCCUGCGCCUGCGCCAAAACGUCAUCAAGACGGGCAUCCGCAUGAUGUCGCUGUCGUACUCGAGGAUCUCGCUCCGCGACAUCUGCAUCCGCCUCCACCUGGGUAGCGAGGAGUCGGCCGAGUACAUUGUGGCCAAGGCCAUCCGCGACGGCGUCAUCGAGGCCACGCUCGACCGCGAGAGGGGUUUCAUGAAGAGCAAGGAGAUCGGGGAUGUCUACGCCACGCGGGAACCCGGAGAGGCCUUUCACGACCGUAUCCAAGCCUGUCUGGCCCUGCACAAUGAGAGUGUAAAGGCUAUGCGUUUCCCCAUGAACCAGCAUCGCCUUGAACUUAAGAAUGCCCAGGAAGCACGGGAACGUGAGAGGGAACUGCCCAAGGAGAUCCAGGAGGGCGAUCUGGACGACGAUGACCUCGGCGGCGACUUUGACGGCAUCUAA